AUGCCAGAACUCAACGUUGGCAUCUGUGGCGCGGGCAUUGGAGGUCUUGCAGCUGCAAUUGCUAUCAGCAAAGCUGGUGGAAAGGUCACCGUCCUUGAGGCCGCAGCUGAGCUUGGUGAGAUUGGUGCCGGGAUUCAGAUGACCCCCAAUGUGGCUAGACUACUCAUCAAAUGGGGCGUUGACAAGGUCAUUGGAGACGAUCUGGUGGAAUUUGAGGAGUUAAACAUGCGUCGUAGAGACGGCACGCGCGUUGGUUAUACGAAGACUAUUCCGAAUGUCCGAGAGUGA